AUGAUUGUACCAAGCCCAUCCACGAGAGCUCUCAAUGAGCUAAUGUCCAGUAGUAUAUACAACUACUUGGAGCAAGUGGAGACAAAGCAGAAGCAAAGGCAACCAAAACAAGAGGAAGAACCACGUUCACAAGCACCACAACCAGUUGACCCAAUAUACCGCAGAAUACUUGGUAAUUCAUCGCUACACAGCUGGGUGAAGUGGGUGAUAAUAUUACACAUUGUCAAACUACAAAACCCCAUACAAUGGGCCAAUUUCCUAGCCUUGAAUAAGCCAAUUCGACAACUCUUAUCGUACUAUCAAGAGAGCUUACCGAUGCUACGAUUAAACACCGCUAAAGAUCCACCAAAUGAAGUCACAAAGAUUGCGAAUUUCAUCACAUGUGCAUUCCUAUACUUUGCCACUGUUGAUAUGCGUUCAUUUCCCAAAGAUUACAUCCUUGUAACGUUGCUUAGUGCAUACCACGGAGAGCUCAAUCCUCCUUCCAAAUCGCAAAUUCUCGUGUCCGACAGUUUAUCCAAACCUUUCAAGCUAUCCACAUACAAGUCGACAAGUAUAUACUCGCCAUUGAUGAAAUUGUAUCGAAACAAGGAGUUCAUACUCUUUCCCACAUUAUACGCCCAGAUAUUAAGCAAUUACCUCACGCCAACAAAAUACAAGCUAAACAUGAUGUACUUGUCACCAUUUUUGAAACGGUACAUACUCAACCCAAUCUGGAUCAAUUUCUCACUUGGUCGAAACUAUAGUCGCAUCAAUUGGAAGAACCUAGCCACAAACUACGUACUUCAUAAUGUGGUCAUUGCUGCAGUAGUCGCUGGGUAUUCAUUCAAGGAUCGUGUGCUAGACAGGUUCUAUGCAAUCAAGUAUGGAUAUGGGAGCCCCGAUAGCGAGGCCUCAGUACUCCAAAAUUAUGCAGCAUAUGUGUAUCAUAAAUCAAACUCAAUCACCAACUUGAUCUACACACCCAAUCUUGUAUCCAUAUUGCUAAUUGCUGUGUCAUCGCCAAUGUUUACCCUCCUUGGGUCUAGCAGGUACCCUGAGUUGCAUCGACUCUACGUGUCUAACCAAAAACUGGUGUUUAAGACGUAUACCAAGGUGAUUGGGUUCGUUGCUGGAUUGGUAGCUAUACAGUUGAACUACAUGCAGAUGAUUCCCGAUUGGGGAUACAAUAAACGAGUAGAGGCCGAAUUCAAGGUUACAGGGGACAACGUCAUCUACGAGGAAGACAUAGAUGAAGUUCCUUCUGCCAGAUUAUUUUCGAAACAAUUUUACAACGAAUUGAACAUGUACUUGUUUAAGCUUGUUGUGUUAUCUAAAUGGAGGAUUCUCAAGACAUACCAUCCCUUGUUUUCGAAAUUGCACCUAUCAUUGUGGAAUAAACUAGAGACUGUGUUAAUGUGUUUUGGGUUUUUUAAAAUGAUGAACUUGAACGAUUUCAUCAAUGGACAUAGAACAAUAGAGUCGGAACGGAUUUCUAAAGAUUAUUCCAUUAAAGUGGCCAAUUUUGUAUCACAAUAA